GAGAGCGGAGAUUUUCUAGAGUUUCGUUGUCGUUGUCGCUGUCGCCGUCGUUACCGUUGUCGGUUGUCGCUGUCGGUUGUCGGUUGUCGGUUGUUUUCGGCAUCGUCGAAUCCGACUUCCGUAAAGUUCAUUUGCCGUCGGCCGCCGACCGGCCACCAAAACUGCGAUCACGAUCUCUGUCGUGGGCGUCGCGAUUCCUGUCGCCGAGUUAGCGCGCAAAACUCAACGUAAUCCAACGCAACGGAAACCGAAAGCCGAAACACGAGCGGAAGUCGGGUGUGCGAUAGCCACCGACGCUUAUUUGCAGUUAAUAUUUAAUUAACGAGCCUCGACGAGCCAAGCCACAAAUUUGUUUUCCAGAAUUUUUAAUGAGGAAUGAAAAGUGCAAAAGUUUCUGAAUAGCUGCAAGAAUUAUGUAUUGUAUGAUAAGUUGAUAAUACCCAGCUAGUAGCAUCAUGAUAUGUGUGUGAGUGUGCCCAACAAUCGAGAGCCAUAAAUAAUGCCCAUAAUGGGCUGAGUUGAAGCCAUGUGAGAAACUCAAGCUCAAGCCCAAGUGUGAAGCCAGCCAAACAACAGAAUUGUCUGCCUUAUCAAUUUCCACAUCUAUAUUUAUAUAUACUCAAAAAAUUAAACAUAAUAUACAGCUGCUAUCACCUCUUUAUGGAUUUAUUAAGCUAUUCAAAUUGGAUACAAAAUUUCCUACAACUUUAAACUGCUGGCAUCCGAAGCAAUAUGUCAAAGCUGCCUCAGCAACAACACAGAACCGAACAGCUAUAAAAUCUUGAAAGAGGCAUACGCAAAAAAAUUCAGCAACAUUUAUUCUCCUGGGCCAGCAUUAAAGCGAGUUUUGCGAACUGGAAAUAUACGCACAACAAAUGAUUGGCACCGAGGAUAUGUCCACAUCGACUGGCAUGGAUAUAAGUGAAUCCUUUCGUGCCGAGGAUCUCUCAAAGACGGAUUUCUUCGACUUUGUCACGGCGCCGGACAUGGGCAUUGGCAUUGGUGUUGGUGUUGGCGUCGACGUCGGCGUCGGUGUCGGCGUCAGCCUGCAGCAGCAGCAACAACAGCACCAUCAGCAGCAGCAACACCACCACCAGCAGCAGCAGCAGCACAGUCACAGCCAUAGCCAAGGUCAUCAGCCAACGACGUCACAAACGCCGCAGCAGGCGAUCUGCGGCGGCGGCGCGCGAACCACCAGCAGCAUGACCCACGACAUUGGCGAGGGCGGUGGCGGUGGUGCUGGCAUUGUCCCAGUGAGCAAUCGCAAUGGCAGCAGCAGCAAUGGCGGCGAUCCCACGUUACAAGGCUACGAGUUUUGGCAUCAGGACAAGGACAACAGCCGCCUGGACUCGAGCUCGAUUUUCGAGGACCUCGAUCGCUACUGCUGGCAGCAGCAGCCGAUCACAGCAAGCGCCACGACUACUGUCAAUGCCAACAACGUGCGCUGCAGCAACCAGCCGAGUCCCACGUCUCCGCAAACACAUCCACACUCACACCCACAUACCCAUCAGCAGCAGCAGCAGCAGCAGCAGCAACAGCAACAUCAGCAGCAGCAACAGCAACAUCAGCAACACCAACAGCAGCAGCAGCCAAACGCCAGCAGCUCGUCGAGUGCCGCCGGCAGCAGCAGCGACACCAUCAGCAGCCUGGACACGACGGACGGUCAGAUCUACACAUUGACAGUAUUAAAUGGCGGCGAGCCUUGGCUGAAGCGUGCCGAGGCGGAGCAGCUGCCCAGCGCGCUGGACUUGGACAGCUUGCUGGGCAGCUUUCCGGGCUACAUCAAGUCGGAGUACCCGUACGACGACAGCGGAUUCAGCACGGAUGGCAAGGAUGUGAUUGUCAAUGGAGCCGAUGCCAAUGGGCUCAGCAGUAUUUCGCAGUCGCAGUCGCAUGGCCAGACGCUGCCCUCGCUGGUCACGGCCAUUUCCAUAGCGGGCGGCGGGGUCAAUGAGCUGGGCCAGCAGCUGGCCCAGUUCCAGAACAACAACAACGACUGGCACAUGGCCGAUCACAAUGCGGAGGCGGAGCAGAACACGGCAGAGUCCCUGUUGCGCAGCGCACUGCAGGGCAAGGGGUAUGCCAAGGGUCUGCACAUGCAGAAUGGCCUGGCUCUGCCCGUGGUCAAGGACGAGGAGAUGCGCAGGCUGCUCUUCACGCCGGACGAUGCUGCGGAUGCGCUGGGCUUUGCGGACUCCACGCUCAGCACUGCCCAAAUGUUCGACGAUGCCCAGGCCAUGGCCCACGGUGGAUCAAACGCGCACAUGGCUGGCUCGAAUCACGGCCAGCACGGCGGCAACGCCAGCAUCAUUGUCGACGACAUGUUCCUCUCGCUGGAGAAUGCGUUCAGCGACGACUUCGAGAAGAUCAAGCGCAUUGCCAACGAGGUGCAGCAGUUCUGCAGCGCCAGCACGGGCACGCCCACGUCCGGCGACUACGCCAGCGGCGAUGUGCUCAUGCAGCUGUCGCCGAGCGGCACAGCGUCAAACGCAGCACAGCAACUGCAGCCGCUGGCCAAUGCACAGCAGCAACAGCAGCAGCAACAGCAACAACAGCAGCAGCAACAGCCACCGCCCCCGCAGCCACUAAAGCCCGAGGUGUCCACGUCGACAGCGGCCACUGCUGUGGGCACAACUGUGCAUGGAGGUCGCCUGGGCGGCAUUAGCAAGCCCAAGAAGCAGUACAAGCGCAGCAACAGCAGCGCCAACAACAACAACAAUCCUAAUGUGGCCAACAACAACAACAGCAGCACCGCCAACAACAACAACAACAGCAGCAGCAACAAUGUACUGGGCGUGGUCAUAGGCAACGGCGGCAGCUCCUCCUCAAGCGGCAGCGCCAGCAGCAGCAGCAACAGUCCGCCAGCCAACUGCAAUGCCAACUCGGGCGGCAGCAGCACCGGCGGCAGCCAGCGGAAGGAGCGCUCGUUGCACUACUGCUCCAUCUGCUCGAAGGGCUUCAAGGACAAGUACUCGGUGAAUGUGCACAUACGCACGCACACGGGCGAGAAGCCGUUCGCGUGCUCGCUGUGCGGCAAGAGCUUCCGGCAGAAGGCGCAUCUCGCCAAGCACUACCAGACCCACAUGACCCAGAAGAACAAUGGCAGCCUGAUCAAAGGCAGCUCCGGCAAGCACCAGCGCGCGGGCUCCGGCAACGCCGCCGCCGCCGCCGCCAACAGCCUGGCCCAGCAGCGGCAGCUGAGCGCUGUGGCCACCGCGGUGGCCAGCCCCAGUUUAAUGAGCGCCGGCGUCGUGCUGAGCGGACCAAACACGCCGCCCGGCGUCUUGCCGCCAGCUAAUGGCCUGCUCGCCAACAGGUAGUAGAGCCGACCUUGGCUAUAUACAUACAUAUACAUAUAUAAUUAUAUACACAUAGGCUAUGUUCCACAAAAAACAAAACGUAAAUGAAAAUCACAAACAGCAAACUAUUUCUUGUUCCUUACUAACAACAAAACGAAUUAUAUAAAAAAAAAAUAUAUAUUAAACUAAGCUAACUUUUUGAAUACUCUUGGGAAAGUGUUGAAUGUCAUUGAUGAAUUCCUAUCUCAGCUUUCUGUGCAAUUCCUAUAUCACAAAUACAUCAAGACACACUAAAUGCACUUCCACACACACACACACACACACACACACACACACUCAUACAUACACACACAAAUUAAUUUUAAAUGUGCCAAAUUUAAUGGAAGAGAUAUUAAUUAAAUAAUUAAAAGUGAAAACGAAGCUAAAAAGCAAAUGAAUGCGAGGUGAUAUCUAAAUGAGGCCAAACGCUUCCUUAAAAAAAAUUAAAAAUAAA